GCCGUGUUAUCAUAUGAUUGCUCCCGUUACAUCGGGAGCUGUGGACGGAGCGCAAAUCCGUCGCGGUUAAUUCGACCGCGUGUGCGCCAUAUUACGGGUUAAUAUGGGAACUUUUUAUUAAAAAUGACAGACAGUAUAAGCGGGUGGAGUAGAAAACCCCCUAUUGAUUUGAACGCAGUCGAACCGACAAAGCUCGCAGUAUUGUACGCACCACAGCCAGUCCCACCCAGCCACAAAACCGUAUUUUUGGUUGGCAUACCUACGCCUCUCACAUCAUCCACAGCAGCAGCAGCAGCAGAAGAUAAACGUCGCAUCCGUCCCACCCCCAAACCGCCUGCACGCCGCCAGAACCGCACCGCGCCGAACCGCUCUCACUGCAACAUAGUAAAGAAAAAAGAAAGUAUGAGUAAGAGGUCUCGAGGGGUAUGUAGAUUUGUUUCUGCCUCUUCGCUUUUUAUCUCACCCGAUUCAUCCGCCCGCCGCCCACUAUACCAUACCGCCCAUCAGCAACACCCGCUCGUAACACUCGGAACACCGGAAGAAGAAAGAGAGAGGAAGAAAAAAGAACACUAAAAGUAGGUAAGAGAGUGUGAAGAAACUGAAGCAGAAGAACAGAAGCAACGCCGCGCAGAACCAGUGUUAAAUGAGAAACUAGGUAAACUUUCAGCGA